UUCUAUGUAUUUUGAUUUUGGUAAAAUGAGAACUUGUCACUAUUGUUCCAAGGAGCAAAACUUACCUUACAACUCCCAGAGUGCCAUGUCACACGCAUAAAAUUCCCCAGUUCAGCAGAAGAAGAGUGGAUAUGGCAACGUCCUCAACCACAACGACGUCGUCCGGCGCCGGCAGAAAUGGCAAAGAUGCGUCCGCCAAGACCGUGGUGGCCGAUCAGAUCACCCAGUCCGUACAGUCCACCUCCAAUCUCCUCCACCUGAUGCUCCAGUCUUCCCCUUCUCAGGCCAAACUACGGAAACUUCCAAAGAGUCUUUUGGCUAAGACCUCUACAAUCAAGAACACAUCAUUAGCAUUGGAGCAGUUGCCUCAGAUAAUUUCAUCAUUGGAUGCAUAUAUGGAUGAAGGACUUCAAUGUGUUCCUCAGCUUGAAACUGUAAUCCAGCUACUCUCAAAUAUUGAGAACUCCAAAGUUAAGUCUUUGUCCAAUGCUCAGCUUCCCCCCUGAAGAGGAGUAGUAGUACAAAAAGAAGGCCAGAUCCAAGAUUUGGAGUCUAUGCAUCUUUGGUGAACUUGGACAAAAAUAUGUCUGAGAGAGAGAGAGAGAGAGAGAGAGAGAGAUAGCGACUGAGCUACAUAGCGUGCUUGCAUUUGCUUCUUUGACGAAAAUAUGUAUCUUUGACUCAAUGUUAAAAAAGAAGAGGCAUGGUAAGUCUUUGGUAAUUGGAUGAGUUACUUAAAUUUGACUUGGGUGUAAAUUUGGUGGCGUUUGGUUUAAACAUGGGAUACGUAACCUAAGGUGUUCACAAACCAAAAUUGUUAAUUUUAGAGACUAUAUGAAAACUUAUUAAUAGUAAAAGUUUAUAGUAUUUGAGAGAA